UUGGGAUGAAAAUCUUGGAAGGAAUAGAAUUUGUUGUGUUUAUUGAGGGAGGCAACGUGAGAAUCCUCUUCCUUAUAACAUGUCCAAAAAAUCUACUUCUUGAUAUUAUUGGAGAUGAUAUUGCAGUAGAUAAGAAGACCCAAAAUUAGCACAACUUAUUACCUACUCAAGGCAGUGCAAAGACUAAAAAAACAUUCUACGGGUGAUAUUUUUCAAAGUUUUUAGAUUCUUAUACUAUCAAGCUAUCAAAAUAAAAACGUUUUCUCAGGAAAACAUUUUUUCAGAUCUUUACUUUUUGAGAUAUCAGCGCUUAAAAUAGACAUUUUUGGGACAGAUCAUUUCAAAUUCGUUAAGAGAUAAAAAUCCAUGAAAUUCUGAGGAUAAAUUCUUCAUCGUAUUGUUGUUGAUUGAAUAAAACAACAGAUUUCUGAAAAUAUCGAUUUUUAAGAAAGUAAUUCAAUUCACCAAAAAUAACUCAGCUGAAAGUUCUUUUUGGUCAUUUUUAGUAAGUGAAAUAAUUUUCUCAAAAAUUGAUAUUUUUAGGAAAUUUUUGUUUUAUCCAAUCAAUAAUACCAUGAAGAAUUUAUCCUUUGACUUUCAUGAAUUUAUCUCUUACCGAAUUUGAAAAAAUCUGUCCCAAAAAUUUAGACUUUAUGCGCUCAUAUCUCAAAAAGUAAUGAUCAGAAAAAAUUCCUGAUUGAACUUUAUCAUUUUUAUAGCUUGAUACAAUCGAAUCAUUUUAUGAUUGAUAUAUUGAUACAAUAUAUCAUUUUUAUGAAAAUUUAUAAAAUAAUGUUGAUUUCUCAUCCACAUGAUUUGAUGAUUGUCAUCUUCAAAGACCAGCCACUGUAGCCUACAGUAACUAUAUUACCCACAGUAUGGCCAUUGGAAUUUUUUUCACGCCGCCACCAUGAAGAUUCAAAAUAUUUGAAUUUUACAACGGAGCUUAUAGGGGUUUAUAAGUAAAAUCCCUUGCUUUUACUUAUUAAAGUAUAUUUUUGUGAUAAUUAACUUCGAUAUAAUUCCUUUUAUGUUUUUUCUAUAUUCCCAAUAUAGUUUUGGAACUUGAAAAAAAUAAAUCGUAGACAAUAACGAGUAAACAUGAAAGGUAGGUAACGUAACCUGAAAGCUGAAUUUCCAAAAAUAUACAAUAAAACUUUUGAAAUGUGUCAUGAUAUAUUGUAAUAAAUGUUGUUCCAUUGACAAAAAAUAAUGAAUUUCUCAUAUCUAUUUCUAGAGAUUUGAUGGAAUUCUCAUCACAAUAGAUUCCAUAACAUUUAAAUAGUUUGUUUUAUUUAGCCAAUAAGUCUGACGAAAAUAUUGUAGAGCACAACAUUGGAUAUAAAUUGUGGGAGAGCCAAUAAUUGUUCUAGCCAUAGUAGGACUACUACUUGAUCAAUUUAAUAAACAUGUAAGCAAUUGAAAAAUAGAACACAUAACCAUUAUUGUUUAUAUUUAGUGAUAUUUCAAAUCUUAACCACUGCUCGUGGUAAUGCAACUCGAAAUUCAUAUCAAUAGCUAUUAACCAAUUGAACAUGAUAACCAAUUGAACAUGAUAUGGGUAGGGUACUCAGUACUGAAGAGAAGUCAAUGGCCUUUGAAACAAUUUAUCUUUCUGCAUAUUUAUAUAGAUCACUGAUUCCCAAUAAGUUGUCCGCGAAAGCUCUAGAAAUGGUCUGUGAGGAGUGAUUUUUAAAAUUAUAUUUUUUGUCUAUAUUAAAGUAUAAUUAAUUUAUCUUCGAAAAUUAUAUAUCAAACUCAUCUCAAGUUCAUAAUAUGUUUCCAAUCGGUAAAAUAAGUGGUAAGUUCCAAAUGUCUAAUGCUAUAAGAUAGGACUUAAAAGUUUUUUUGGAAUCUUAAUGGCGGAUUUGUACCAUGUGACCGAGCUAACCAAUCAGAAGCGUGACAGUCAAUGGCCAUACUGUGGGUAAUAUAGUUACUGUACUGUAGCCUAGCUAGUUGAACAGUAAUUGCCUGAUCAUUUAAUGGGUAAUGGAGUAGGUAUAGGUAGCCUACUCAAUAUUAUUCAAAGUUUGUUUACAAGUCAAACAAUAAAGCACUCUCAGAAUAGUUAUCAGCGGAUUGUUGACUCAUCGUCAAUCAACGUGCCAAUUAAGGAACCUCUUUUUUGAAAAGGUGAACAAUUUUUUUAUACUAUAGCUUAUUUGCUUUGAUGUAUGAUAAUGCGUAUCUGAUGUACUAUGCUCUUCUCUCGAGCGCUCAGUACUAAUUGCUGGAUACUUAAUAUGGAUGUUAAAUUAUUACUGAUGAUUUUUACCUUUCAGCGCAAUGGUGUAGGGUACCCUGUCAUGGUUUUUAUACAUGGCGGGGGUUUUGUUGAUGGAGAUGGAACCAGUGGCUUCUACGGACCGGAUAAAUUGUUGCUCACCAAGGACAUUAUUCUAGUUACAAUCCAUUAUCGACUAGGAUUCCUCGGGUUCGCAAGUUUGGAUGAUGGAGACUUUGCUGGAAACUAUGGCCUGAAAGAUCAGUCGUUGGCGCUGAAGUGGGUGAAGGAGAACAUUGCUAAAUUCGGAGGAGAUGGCGACAAGGUGACUGUGGUGGGGGAGAGUGCGGGCGCCGCCAGUGCUCACUUCCACAUUCUAUCGCCGCAAAGUCAAGGGCUCUUUCAAAGGGCUAUCUUGUUGAGUGGAACAGCUGAUUGUCCAUGGGCAGUUUCCACAGCGCAUCAGAAUGGAAAUUUAACGGCAAAAAUGGCAAGCCUGGUGAAUUGCUCGGCUGACACCUCAGCAACAGAACUGCUCGAGUGCUUGAGAAAAGUUGAAGGAUCCGAGUUUCUAAUUCACAAUGAAAAGUUCCAAACGGUUUGGAAAGGUUAUAGUGUACCAAUAGUAAUAUUCAGACCAACUAUAGAAAGUCAUUCUGGGAAUGCCUUUAUCACUCAAGAAUCAUACAAGAGUCAGUCUAAAAAGCCAAUGAUGAUAGGAGCUACAUCGGAUGAGGGAGCUUUGGUUCUGGCAAUAUUGAAGAGAGACAAGACAAGAAGCCUCGAAUCUGCGCUGUCUGAGUUUGACAAGAGAUUCACUGAAAUAAUGCCGGUCGAAGGAGAUUUCCUCGAUGACCCUGACCACAAGGAAAGAGCUGAAAAAAUAAAAACCGAAUACUUUGGUAACUCGACAAUAAGCAACGAAACUUUGCCUCAACUAACCAAGCUAUACAGUGAUACUUACUUUUUGAAUGGAAUAAAAAGUACCUUAUCUAGACACGAAGGAGAAAAAUACGUUUAUAAAUUUGGAUACGAAGGGUCGUAUUCAAUUUCACAACUGUUAUCAGGAGACCCGACUUACAGGAAUGGUGUCUGUCAUGCCGACGAUCUGUUUUAUUUGUUUCCUAUGAAGCCGUUCCUUGGUCUUCGUGUUGGAAGUGAAACAGAAAAAGAUAAAGAGAUAAGCGCUAAAUUUGUUGACUUAAUCACCAACUUCGUAAUUGAAGGAAAUCCAAAUUCGAAGUCAGAACCGAGCAUUUGGACUCCAAGUUCUAAGGACGUCGACUUCUUGUCAAUCUCUACUGAGGGGAAUUUUGAAAUGAAGAAGAACUUCCCAGGAGCAUAAUGCACUUAUCAAAUAAUAACGUUACUACGGUACUUAUCUUUAUUAAAAAAAAUGAAUUUCAGUAGUAUUCAUCUUCAAUUUUUGUAACAAAUAUUACCUGUUUCUAUCAUAAUAUGACCUGUCUUCACCCCGUCUCAUUAAAAUUGAGUACGGUAGGUAGGCUUUUACUAAUUGUAUUUUUAUAUUCUGUUUUCUCUAAGAUACUGAACUGUCAAUUUGAAUAAAAAUCAAAUUAUUAUG